CGACCCGCCAGAACACACCUUCAACAAGCACGAAGAGUAACACACUAGCCGGAAGGGGAUUCUGAGUUGUAACUUUUUCCUUCACAGAACUGAGAAAGAAUACAGUGAUCUGACACUGGAGCAGAGUUGUUUUACGUGCUGAAAACAGAAACAGUUGGACCUUGGACUUUCACUCUCGAUUUUUUGGAGUGAUCUUGAAACGGUUUUGAUCUUGGGACAGUGUUGAGAGCGACGACGGGAGCCUGAAUACAUGCUCUCUGCUGACACUAACAUUUGUUGACUAUCCUGAGACUGUGUUUCUAAAAGCAGCUGGUAAGCUCACUUUUUCUACGACUUUAUGUCUACAAAGAUGGAACAGCCUUUUCAUGACGACUCUUUUCUGUCGGCUUACGGCCACUCAGAUGCAGCCAUGCACGACUACAAACUGCUAAAGCAGAAUAUGAAUUUGAACUUGACAGAGCCUUAUCGCAACCUGAAAUCCCAGCUGAGAGCCGAGACAGAUCCGUACCAAGGGGGGCAGCAAGACGUGGGGUCCCUGAAGCUCGCAUCCCCUGAACUUGAGAGGCUCAUCAUCCAAAACAGUAACGGUGUGAUCACCACUCCCACCCCGGGCCAGUACUUCUACAACCGGGGCAUUACCGACGAGCAGGAGGGCUUCGCCGAGGGGUUUGUGAAAGCUCUGGAUGAGCUGCACAAGAUGAACCAAAUGCCUCCUCCAAACGUGUCCAUUGGAGCCGGCGGAGUUACGACGUGUACGGCGGCGGCGGCGGCCUCUAGCGUCUUCGGUUCCGCCUUGCAGCCCGAGCCUCCAAUCUACACAACACUGAACGCCUACUGCCCGAAUACGAACCUCUCUUCCGCAUCCAGCUACCCCACAGCCACCAUCAGCUACCUGCCGCCGCACCAGCAGAGCCACGCGCAGACCUCGACGCACGGUGCGCACCCGUUCCAGCACACUCUCCCCAGCUCCGGGCUCCAUCCGCAGCGGCUGGUCGCUCUGAAAGAGGAGCCCCAGACCGUCCCUGACCUCCUCAGCAGCGACGGCUCGCCUCCGAUGUCCCCCAUCGAUUUGGAGACACAGGAGAGGAUCAAGGCAGAGCGCAAGAGGCUGAGGAACCGACUCGCGGCCACCAAAUGCCGGAGGCGCAAGCUGGAGCGCAUCGCGCGGCUGGAAGAGAAGGUGAAAGUUUUGAAGAGCGACAACGCGGGGCUCUCCAACACGGCGUCGGUGCUGCGGGAUCAGGUGGCCCAGCUCAAACAGAAGGUCCUGACACAUGUAAGCAGCGGCUGUCAGCUGAUGCUCACGAGCAAGAUGGAGUCAUUUUAGAUAUGAGAGACUAAUAAUAAGAGACUGAAAAGUAAUAACACUGGAGUCAUGUUCUGCAUGCAGCACUGGAAUACCGGCUGAUGUGUUGCCAGCACUGACUGCAACACAGGUCCGAGGGCUAUGUGUAGACAAUUUAGGGUGAAAAGACUAACUGAAAUGGUACUUCCGGAUGCUGGACACCGCUUAAAGGACCAUUCAACCUUAAAUAAAACAAAUAAACAAGGGCAGCAUCCAGACUGAGCAAUGGGCACAGACAGACCCAUACGUUUACUAAUGGUAUAAAAUGGGAAUUGUAUUUCUAUUCUUUUGCAAAUGAUGUUGUCUUGCAAUGCUGCAUUUAGUCAUUGUGUAAAUUAUUUUGUUUGUCCGGUUGAUCCAGACAAACUGAUGAUGUCCAAUGUUUACAGUGUCUUUUUUUUUAUUUGUGAUGUGUAUUUAAGUAAAGUGUCUUAAAAAUGAAACCUUA